GCCCCUUCCUUCAAUGACCUUCACGUCCUGUAGGAGUUCUCAGCCAGUGUCAAUGGAAGGAGGGAGUCAAGAAAGAGGCCUGGUUUUAGUCCAAAGAUGAUCAUUACAACAUGGAUUGUGUAUAUUCUCGCCCGGAAAGGUGCAGGGCUCCCCUUUCCACCAAAGACCAGCUCGGACAUUGAAGUCGUGGAAAGUGAGGCUGUAUCUGUGGUACAACAUUGGUUGAAAAAAACAGAAGAAGAGGCUUCCCAGGACAUAAAGGAGAAGAUGUCUACCAACGUGGCUCCCACCCGUGGCCAAGAUGUGCAUGUGACCAGAGACGUGGUGAAGCACCACCUCUCGAAAUCUAAUUUGUCAGCCAAUCAGAGUCAAGAGGUCCUAGAGGAGAGAACAAGAAUCCAGUUCAUUCGGUGGAGCCAUACCCGAAUCUUCCAAGUUCCAAGUCAGAUGGCGAAUGACGUCAUGCAAGAACGGAUCGAGCAGGUGAGGCGCAGGCCCACAUGUGAUGACAGCCACGGCACAAGCUGCCAGUCCACUCCUGGCCCCUGUGCAGUGGUCUGGGUAACCCCUGCCCCCAGGCAGCCUCCCUUCCACCUCGGCCUCUCCUCUGUCCCCUGCAGCAUCUCCCAUAUUACCUGUGACUCAGCUCAGGACCCCAGCUUCAGAUCUUCUUAUUCGGAAUGCUAAGAGCAACAGGUCCAGUCAAGACCAUGAUGUCAGACCAUCUUUGGCCCUGUGCAGUCCUCUGUGGCCUCCCUGCUGUCUUGUCCUCACGUUGGCUUUGUGCAGCAGCUCCAAGGGGUCCUGAGCUUGGGAGCUACCCAGUGCUUGGAACGUAGUAGGUUGUGCUGAAUGAAUCAAAGCUUGGAUUGGCUGUGUGACCUUGCGUAAGCCACUUGUCCUCCCUGGGAUUACAGGUGAAACAGGAUAAAUAACUGUGUGCGUCGCAUCCAGCAGGGUCUGAGUGUGGCUGUGGCUAGGAUGCUCUGACAGAAUGGGCAUUUUUCUUCCCUUGGAGGAAGUUUUCAGUCUGAGCAUUUCUUACCCUCUGUGUUGAAGGAGCAGGGAGAAGGUGCCAUGGGAAUAAGGCCAAUGAACAAACUUAAACUCUUGCAAUGCAGAAAUGCCCCGUCUUGUCUUCCACAACAGAAGGGAAGAGAGCCACAGUGCUGGCCAAGCUUGCCCCUCUACCAAGCCCCUGAGUCCGAGUCCUCUCCCAACUCCCUCCCCAGCAGUUUCAAAGCUUUGCAUCAGCAAGUUCACUUUAGAUGAAUAGUCCACUGCCUUCCUCCAUAAGCAGUCAGUGCCAGGGACUUCCCAGGGGAUAUUUAAUAUUAUUGUUAUGUGCAUUUGGAAGACAAAGAGAGAGAGUACGUGAGAGAGCGAGAGCUCCCAUACUCUGGUUCAUUCCCCAAAUGCCUGUAAUGCAUGGGUCUGCACCAGGCCAAAGGUGAGAGCAAAGAAUUCAGUCUGGGUCUCCCACAUGGGUGGCAGGGGCUCAGCUCAACUGCUUGGGCCAUCACGUGCUGCCUCCCCUGGUGCAGAGCUGGGAUUGGGACCCAGGCUCUCCACUAUGGGGUGCAGGCAUCCCAAGCAGUGUUUUAACCACUACAGCAAACUCCCAUCUCUUAGAGUCAUUUUAGAUAACUAGAGACCAACUCCUGUGUUCACCUAACCCCUCUGCAAUGCCCUAAUGAACUCUCCUGUGUGUUUUGAGCAUGUCACUCACCCUUGAAGGCCAAGGUCAAAUGCCACCUCCUCUGUGAGUUGUUUCUUCUUUCUCCUUGCCCCUCAUUCUCUAAUGAAAGUCAAGUGUAUUUCCACAUCUCACUAUCUACAUAGUUAGCAUAUUUCUUUUUCAUAUUAUAUUUUUAAGUAGUUUUCCCCCACCUGUAGACCUGUCAGACAGACUUUAGGCUGAGGUCUGGGUCUUGUCAGGCUCAAAGGAUGAACUGAUUCAGAACAGCCUAAACCAGCGCGGUGAGAUGGCAGCCACUUUGCCGGGCGUGUUCUCAGAUCCUGGCUGAAACCUCAUCCUACCUGCAUUCCUAGUUCCUCCAUCUUCCCGUGCUCCCCUCCCCAGCAGUUUCCACACACUCUCAUCUGCCAGGAACUGCUUCCUUCCUGAAUGCAACUUUGUCCUGAGUGUGACAAGGACCUUCUGAAAGGAACCCUGGCUGUAGAAAGCAGCUCUCCAGAGACCGCUCAGAUGGAAGCUCCUCUAGCAACGAACAGCUUCACGGUCAUUUCUUUGGGUUUACUGUUUAUUGUUAUUACUGAACCCAAAGGGCCUUUUGGGGGAUACAUAGAAUGGGCACAAAGCUCUUUCAGAAUCUCUUGCCUUGGGCUUCUUCUCGCUCUCUCUGCCUCUUCGCCAUGUAUUUCCAUUUAUCUCUCAUCUAUCUACAUGUUUACCUAUCAUCUCUCUAUCUUCUAUCAAAUAUCUUCAUCAUCGUUAUCAUCAUCUGUCCACCUACUUACCUACUAUCUCUAACUUCUUUCUAUCCACCCAUCCAUCCAUCAUCAUCCGUCACUUAUCUAGUGUCUGUCUCUUUAUCUUUCUAUCUUUCCACUAAUUUCACCUACAAUAUCAUAAUCACCUUCAGCCUGCUAAUUACAUGGCCAAGAACAAACUGUGACCCAUUCUUCAAGAGCAGAGCACAAAGAGUCACGGAAGGUGUAUUUGCCACUCAAACAUCUGCGUUUGGCAAGGGAGGGGCUCUCCCACCAGUGCACUGUGAGCCUGAUGCAUGGUGGCUACAUGGCUGUGAUCCCUUGAGAAUGAGCCUGGUUUCUCUCUAUUCUUCCAACCUAGGGUGACUGUGCCCAGACGUGAGUGGCUGCAGAGGAGAUGGCUUCCUUGGUCACUGUAGGAUGUCUUUGACCAUAGGCACACACAGUCUUUGUAUCAUGGUAGCCCCGAGUUGCAGUUACUCAGAAUGUAGUUUUCAUAUGGUGUAAGGCUAUGCCACCCUGAAUGUGUGCAGUCUCAUCUGAUUUCAGAUGCCAAGCAGCAUUGGGCCUGAUUAGUACUUGGAUGGGAGAUGUUCAUUUGGUUGAAAGAACAUUGAACUCGAGGUCUCAGCUCUUUUAUUUCCUAGAUACGUAAUCAAGGGCAAGUGGCUUAAUCUCUCUGAGACUCAUUUAAAAGAGAAUAUAUGUAGUGUGUGUGUGUGUGUGUGUGUGUGUGUAUUUUGAAAGAUUCAUGGGAAGUGGAAUUAAAAGAUAAGCUUAGUUUGGAGCAAAUAAUUUUAGAUAUCCAUGCAUCUGAGGAGUCUUCAAAAAGUUCAUGGAAAAUGUGUCUUAUGAAAAAAUUAUGUGCGGAUUUCAAUUUUUUUUGCAUCAAAAUAACCUUAUUUUAAAUUCUAUUUUAGAUGAAUUUUUUGAAGUACCCUCAUAUGUGUGUGUGUGUGUGUGUAAAACUAUUGAAUGAGCUGGUGAAAUCUACUUGCCUAUAUCUCUCAUCUCUAUGAACUAUUGAUUUGUGCCCUAUUUUUAGGAUGAUUGAAAGAUUAUGUAAAAUGAAAAUUCUGGGUGCACUCUGAAAACUGCCGAGUACAACGUGAGUGAUCCCAUGAGGAUGAGGACUGUGUGUCCCCUGUUCAUCGCUGUGGCUCCAGCACCCGAUGUGGUACCUGGGUGUGUAGGUGUUUUAAGAGAGUACAUGGAGAUUUCUCAGAAACAUGUGAGAUGGACACUGGGCUGUGUGAACCUGGUGAGUGAUACGAGAGAGAACGUGGGCUUAGAGUCUGCUUUUCUUUCCAGGAGAUGCCGAGGGCAGCCAGGGAGAGAGACUUGGUUGUAGCUCGGUUGCUGGGAGUCACAUACAUCCACAGAACAGAUCCAGCCCUUCUUUCGGCUGUGCCGGCAUAGACUGACUGGCAUUGCAAGCAAUAGACAGAAAGCCAGAUAAGCUGUGGAGGGGUGAUGCUAAAAGAAAAACAGGGGUCCUUGAAGAGUGGUAUUUGAUAGCAAAUAACAGAGCACAAGACUGACAGAGGCUAACCAGUCGAGCCACAUGCUCAUUUCACGCCAUAGCUCCUCGGGUGAGGCUGAGUGUGUGGGGAUGAUACCAGGGCUGGCAGCUCCUUGUCUCUUCCGUGUACUUUGCACGCCUGUUCUGUCUGCUCACAGGUGAGGCACCAUGCACCACAUCAGCACACAACACAUCCCAAGCUAGGGGCAAGGGGAGGUGUGCUGGAAUCUUGUCUUUGGGAGGCUGUCUCUGUUCAGGUGCCAGGAGACAUUUCCAGGUAGGCUUCAGCAGCAUGGACCCCCUCCAACUCUGGACAGCAAUGGCCCAGGGAGAUUCAGGUCUCAAUGACUGGCUUCCACUAGUGCCGAUUCAUCUUUGGGAGCGGGUAGGAAGAUGGGAAUCUGUUACAAGAAAGAGCAGAGGAAAUGACUGGUGGGGGCAGCUAAUGGCCUCUACUGCCAGGCCUGGGAAGGAAGAGGAUUCUGUGGCAGUGGUCGCUCCAGCAGGAGAUGGGGGAUACGCUAGGAGAGAAGCUUAUUCCAUGCCCCAUUGGGAUGCUGAGUGUCUGCCUGUGGCCGCAGGGGGACGGGGGUUGGGCCCUUCCUCCAGCUGCGGGAGUCCCUUGUUCUGUGAAUUUUUUUUUCUGUUUUAAAGGAUCAUCCUAUUUGUUGGGCCUAAUCACAGAGGUAAUGCUAAUCUGAUGAUGGUGAUAAUGAUGACAUUUAGAAUCAUCGCGUGGGCGUUUUCUGAGUGUUCGCAGUGUGCUCCAUUGUAUCCCUCCAUCCUCUACAGUCUCAUGACAGGUGCUUCCCAGACCCAUGUCUCACAGAUGUUGAGACUGAGACAUGGGGGACCAGGGUACAGGAGCAAGAGCACAUAGAUUAUCUAUGGGGGAGCCGGGGUUUAGCACAUGUUGGCCUAGCUCCCAAGCUGUGCCUCUGACCAUUGACCUGCCUGGUGCUGACUGAGGUUAUUGUGAGGAUGGCGUGGAGCAGGAACAAUUACUACUGCUCUGUGCUGAGCAACUUUCAUUUGCAGUGGGUAAAAGAAGGUCCCGGUUUGAGCAUUUGGUCUAGUGGUGAAGACACCCACAUCCCUCAUGGGAACACCUGGAUUUGAAUCCUGCCUCUGGCUCCUGACUCCAGCUUCCUGUUAAUGUGGACCUUUGGAGGCAGUGAUGAUGGUUCAUGGAGUUGGGGUCCCGCCACCCAUGUGGCAGGCCUGGAGUGAGUCACUAGCCUUCAGUCUGGAACAGUUGCACGUAUUUGGGGAGUGAACCAGAAAAUGGAUAUGUUUCUCCUUCUUUCUCUCUC